AUGAAGUCGGUGGUGAAGUUGGUGAUCGCGUGCCUGGCGGUCGCCGCGGCCGAGUGGCGGGACAACGACUACGAUUGUCGGGACUACCAAGGUCACCGCGCGGGGUCCAUAAAAAAGGGUAGAAGCCCGUUUUUGCGCGUCGAUCCGAAAAUUUCGGGGGACCGCUCGGAAAGGUGCUCGGGACACGUGCACGCGUCUGGGGGCGUUUACUCUCACGAUGUUGCCGGCAUUCAGCAGAGCCAAUAAAGUGCCAUUUUGACGGCGCGAACGUAUUAAAAGAGUCUCUGAAGAACCGUAGGACACAUCUCGGACGUCAUAGUACGUCGUGUGAGCCGCCGCUCCGGCGAAACUCGCAUAGUAGAGCAGAACUUUAGAGCACUCAGAGCACAUAGCACUUGUGCUUCUAAGCGGUCCGCGCACGCUCACGCUCGACAGGGUUACCUAGGACGUCCAAGCGCAGUCCAGCAUGAUGAAGUCGGUGAUGAAAGUGAUCGUGGCAUGCCUGGCGGUCGCCGCGGCCGAGUGGCGGGACGACGACUACGAGUACGCUAAAGUAGAAGCCGAGCAGGUACUCUCUCCCGAGCAGGAGGCGGCGCGCGCGACGGCGCUCGCCGAGGCCACGGUCCAGCUCAAGGAGGCCCAUGGUAGGGCGCCGUGAAAUUUAAUUCCACACAGGCUACAACCGCGACGGCCGCCACACGGUCGAGUGCGUCCACGGCUACGACGAGAAGUGCUGGGCCUGGUACGCGCCCUUCGAGUGUCCGAAGUCCGGGGGGUGCCAGGCCACGAACGACGACGAGUGGGGGCGGCCGUGCCUGGCCCCGGGCGUACUGGAGAACUGUUAUGGAACAGAGGCGUGUGGCCCGGGGCCCAACGCGCCGGCGGGGGGCGGCGGCGGCGGCGGUUCCAAGAAAAAGAAGAAGUCGAAGCCCGCGCAGCCGAAGGCGUCACUCUUCUCACGGACCUACAAGGCAAGGGCGCGCCGCGAAAGGAUCCGGGCGCGCGCGUCCAGGGUCGCGGUGUCGUUGUUCCCGACGGUCAAUAUCCUCUUCGCCGUCGCGGUAGUCUACGCGGUCGUCCACGUGCUCGCCGCGCGGCGCCGCCGCCGCGAGCACGUCGCCGCGACGGAGUUCAAGGCCAAGGUCGCGCCGUACCUCGUCGAAGCGCCGGAACUCUAG